AUGCCUGACUCGUGCGAGGGCCGUGUCCACCUCGCGAACUCCAAUGAGGAACAGAUGUUCGGCUUCGGCAGAAUGGAAACUUUACGUUUAUUUGUGUUUACUAUAAGUAAAUUUGAAGGCAUGCUAACACCAGCACGUCGAUAUGUCCGAGUGGUUAAGGAGACAGACUUGAAAUCUGUUGGGCUACGCCCGCGCAGACAGAAGCAGAAGGCAGAGUUGAAAACAACUCCGCAACUACAAGUCCCAUACCACAGCCCUCCGUCCCAUGCUCUCUCCCCUCGCCGCGAUCAACUUCAGUCACAUACCCAUUUUCCCACUAUGAUCAAACUCUUCAACAAGACCCUCCGUCGCUUCUGCUCUAAUCUCCGGUGGCCACUUCGCCGCCGCUCCUCCUCCAAAAUUGUCAUCAAAAGGUUCGGCAAAUCACACUCUGCACCUUCGCGCGACGCUAAACGUGAAUGCGGCGCCAAUGGGUUCGCCUUGGUUCAUCCCAAUAGCCAAUUGGGUAGUCCAGAGUCACAGAAACCAGUACGGAUUGCGACAUUUAAUGCUGCCCUGUUUUCCAUGGCUCCUGCUCUUCCUAAGGCAGAAAAAGGAGCCACCUUUGACGAUGAGAAUGGUGGCACCGUCAUAACCAGAAGACCCUCGGACGUGAAAUUACGAGCAAAGUCAGCGAAUGAUCGCCCGAAAAGCAUACUUAAGCAAUCCCCUCUGCAUCCAAAUUCCAUGAAUAGUCCAGACAGUGUCAGCAAUCAAGAGAAGUUCGCGAAAUCCAAGUUGAGAGUUUCGAUCAAUUUACCAGACAAUGAAAUUUCUCUGCUGCGAAGCCGGCAAUCGAGUUUCUCGGAGUACGAGAAAGAGGGCUCUUCGAAUGUUGUUUCCAAAGGGAAGGUUCCUAUGAAAGCAUCUGCGAGUCUUUCGGGAUAUACGUCUAACAGAAGCAGUAGAACAGUGUUGGAAGUUCUCAGAGAAUUGGAUGCUGAUAUUUUGGCGCUUCAAGAUGUGAAGGCAGAGGAAGAAAAUGGAAUGAAGCCUUUGUCUGAUUUGGCUUCCUUACUGGGAAUGAAUUACGUGUUUGCUGAAAGCUGGGCUCCUGAAUACGGCAACGCCAUCUUGUCGAAGUGGCCGAUUAAACACUGGAAAGUUCAGAAAAUCUUUGACGACACCGAUUUCAGGAAUGUUUUGAAGGCCACCAUUGAGGUACCACAAGCAGGAGAAGUCAAUUUCUACUGUACUCACCUUGAUCAUUUAGAUGAGAAUUGGCGAAUGAAGCAGAUGAACGCAAUAAUCCAAUGUAAUGAUGAGCCUCACAUCUUGGCUGGAGGUCUUAAUUCACUUGAUGAAACUGAUUAUUCCCAAGAGAGAUGGACAGAUAUUGCAAAGUACUAUGAAGAGAUGGGGAAGCCAACACCAAAAUCUGAUUUGAUGAGAUAUCUGAAGAGUAAACAGUACACAGACGCAAAAGAAUUUAGUGGGGAGUGCGAGUCAGUGGUCAUGAUUGCCAAAGGCCAAAGUGUCCAGGGAACUUGUAAGUAUGGAACCCGGGUUGAUUACAUAUUAUCAUCCUCAAAUUCUCCAUUCAAGUUCGUUCCAGGGUCCUAUCUGGUUCUAUCUUCCAAAGGGACAUCAGAUCAUCACAUAGUGAAAGUUGACGUUGUGAAAUCAAAUAGCGAUCCUGAAGAAAAUGUGAAGAAGCAGCGAAAGCGGGGGCAAAAAGUCUUGAGAAUAACACAGUCAAACCAGUCAAAAGGUAUUUGGUCUAUGAAAUCUGAACAGAAAGAUUGAGUUUGAUUUUUCAUCCUCCUUUUUUGUUGAAAUAUUUGGGAUAUGGGACUGUUGGAUUUGACCCAGCUGCUUCUUUCCUGAUUCUGUGAUAUGUAUACAGUUUCUUUCUUUUCUUUUUGAGUCUGAAAAGAAAAAUAGGUUUAGUGGAAUGUGAAAGAGAAGUAAGAUGUGGCGUAUUAUGCAUCUUUUGUUUUUUGGUCUUUUGUAUAGCUUUUGAUUAAAUGCUAAUUUAAGGUGAUUCCCGCUUGUUAUUCCUUGACCAUAUUCACAGACGACUCUUAUAAGUUGAAUAUGAAUUCAUGUAUCAUGAGCUGUGCAGGAUAUUCUUUUU